UCUGAACUGAACCACCCUUUUUGCUUUCUUAGCCAAAUGACCAAAAUGUCCAGUUAGAACAAGAAUUUAGCAUUCUUCAAAAGAAGUUAACAGCUGAGUAAAGAGGAAGCAUUCUGAAAUGGACCCCAAAUAUUUCACCAUAAUUUUGUUUUGUGGACAUCUGAACAUUACUUUUUUCUCAGAGACAGAAGCAACUACAACAGAGAAGCAACCACAGUCUACUUUAUUUAGAUCAUCAAGGCCAUAUGUCUCAGCUAAUUCUCAAAGCACAACAGAGAAUCCUUCGGGUCAAUCAACACAAUUCAACAACCUUUCUUCUGGACAACCAAUAACAACUGCUGAAGCUUCUGCUGGACAACCAACACCAGCUGUCUAUGUGUCUUCUGGGAAACCAGCAGCACAUACUUCUGCUGGACAACCACUUGCCUAUAAUGUCACCAGAAAACCAAUACCAAUGGCCAACACCUCCUCCCAAGGAACAGCACUACCUGUGUUCACCUCUGCCAGACAACGAUCAACAUCUGCCCAUUCUUCUACCAGACAACCACCACCAUCUGUCUAUACUCCCACCCAACAACCAUCAUCUAUCCACACCUCCUCUAGAAAAUCAAUACCACCAACCGUUCAUAAUCUAUCCAUAAAACCAACACCAACUGUCAGAAGUUCACCUAGGGGUACACCAGGAUUCAACCUAGAAACUACCACUAAAAACAAGAGCCCACAGAAAACCAAUUCUAAUUCAAUAGCGGCCAUAUUAAUUGGUUUAGUUCUGACUUCUAUGGUGGUAGCUAUAAUCGUGAUUGUAUUGUGGAAAUGCUUGCGAAAACCAGUGUUACAUGAUCAAAAUUGGGCAGGUAGGUCUCCAUUUGCUGAUGGUGAAACCCCUGACGUACGUCUGGAUAACAUUAGAGAAAAUGAAGUGUUCCCAAAACGUACAUCAAUUGUUUCACUUAUGGCCUGGAAACCAAGCAAAAGCACACUUUUAGCAGAUGACUUAGAAAUUAAGUUGUUUGAAUCAAACGAAAACAUUGAAGAUUCUAACACUCCCAAAACAGAGAAAAUAAAAGAUCAAGCAAAUGGCACAUCAGAAGAUAGUGCUGAUGGAUCAACAAUUGGCACUGCUGUUUCCUCUUCAGAUGAUGCAGAUCCGCCUCCACCGCCUCCUCCCCCUCUUGAUUUGGAAGGACAGGAGAGUAACCAAUCUGACAGAUCCACAGUGACAACUGUAUCUCCUCCUCCAAAUGAUUCCACCAAUCUCCCACCAUCUCUGGACUGCCUCAAUCAAGUCUGUGAAGAUCAUGAUUCUGAGUUCAAACAGUCAUUUCCACCUCCCCCUGACUCACUUAACUUGACCCUGCCUCCAGGAGAUUUUAUGAAAAACCAGGAGAUCCAGUGUCAGCAGUUCCCUAGUCCUCCUGACUCUGAUCAAAAUCUCAAUGAGUCCCUGCCACCCCCACCUGCAGAACUGUUAUAACUACUACUUGCUUUUUAGCUGAUUUUCUAUUCUUCUCAAAGGACUCCAAUCUUUUGUUUUUCUUCAUGUGAUGAAAUACAUUAAAUGGCAAUUGGUAGCCAAUUUUGAUUUUUAUUCAGGAACUACCUGAAAUCUGCUCAAAGCCUAUCUGAGUAAGUGGAACUUUUAAAAAAAAUUAUAUAACAGUGGUCUAUUUACUGGCUAUAGGCCCUAACUUUAAUGUACAGUACAUUUUACAUAUGUGGCUGGUAUGUGUAUCAAUAACUUAGCCAUUUUGGAAAC